UGCUUGCUUGCUUGCUUGCUUGCUUACUUACUUAUAUAACGACGCUUUUAACUCUAUCCAUUCGUGCAACCCAAACAGAUACCUUGAUUGCCUCUCUCACGAACGCCCUUAAUGAUACUAAAAUCCUUAAUCUACACUCCGACUGACAAGAUGAUGAAUAUGCUCGCCCCUUUACGAGGGAAUUUCCCGCAACACUUGACUUACCAGUGCAUAUUUGACACCUGGGAGUAAAUCAUUGGAAAAUCAUCGGAGCUGUGGCUUGGUACAUUUCAAUUGCAGACAUAAACGUACUAAUACCGUAACUUUAAGUCUAUGUUUGAUAAAAAAAAAUCUUUCUUACGCAGGGCACCAUUUCCAUCUCGGAUUUCAACCUCAAGUGUAAUUCUGAACCUGCAACUGAGGUAGCCACCGACGCUGUGUCAGAACCAUCAAGCCGCGCACUGUUUGCGCUAAAUGAUAGCUCAGAUUCAAGAGAAUUGUUAAGAGUCAAAGGUGUACCCACGUGGAAAUCAUUGAUAACAACCAGGAUGCCGGUCAAAGUCAUAAUCGACAUGAAAGAAGACUUGAAAGAUUCCCAGCACGGAGGCGUGGUGAUUCCUAAGAAUAUGGUGCGACGCAUUCGAUUCCUUGACAAUCGUUGGUUCACUGAUGACGAGAAAAAAGUUCUUCACCUUUACAAUGGCUUUAACAAUGGAGGUAGUGGUGACCCUAAAAACAAGAAAAUUUCCGUUCUUGGUCUGGUGCUGAGCUUCGAUGAAAAGACAGGUCGACUUGUUCUUACUGACAGCGACUUUAAAGCGUCCAAGAAAAUCUUUCAAGGUUUAAAUUCUAACAUGAGGGGCUCUAUUAUUGGACAAGUUGAGGUUAACCGUGGAAAAACAGUUAAGCGUCGCUCAAAGUUAAUGGAUGCCUCCGCUCCUGCUUCCGCUAUUAAGACAUGUAAAGUUAUGUUUUCAAAUGCGUUGCGCUUUGAUCCAAAAGGAGGAAAAUGUCUACAUUUCACGGCGAUUUCAAGUGGAACUAUCUAUGUGAUGUUUGCUGUGUCUCCAGGAAAACCGCAUUCGCAGUACACUGUUCGAAUAGCCAGCGACAGAGUUGAUAUAUACAAGGGAUCAACGUCAAAGAUAUUCAUCGAAGAUGAAAGUGCUGUUGGUAUUGGUACGGAAUCCAUACACCAAUCCUACUUUGUCUGCGUAACAGAGUCGAAAGAGGCUGUCCGCAUCGAAUACGGCAAAAGCCAAGGAAGCUCAGAUGCUGGGGACGUAUUUCUUAGUUUCGGAGACGUCGCAGAAAACGGGUCUGAUCCACCACUAAGCGUUCAGUUUUACGCAUUCGGUAUCGAAGACGUUCCCGCUAAGAUAAUGGAUGCCCAUUUGCUGCCAAGAAAGCUGACCGAUGCAAGUUGUAAGGGCAGCACAAGGGAAGACAAUCCAACCGGCUUGUGCGCUGAACAAUGCCACUUAAAUUGUGAUCCAACCGCAGGAUGCACAGGGCCAAAGAGUACCCAAUGUAAAGCCUGCAGAAUGGCCAAGGACAUCAACACUGGCGAGUGCUUGGAUCACUGUCCUGAAAACACCUUCUUGACAUCGAAGGGAGUUUGUAAGGAAUCUUUUGAAAUUAACGGAAAUGAACUCACAGGCCCAAAGGAGAUUGACUUCGACACAGACAUGCCUAGAAUGUCAGAAUUAACAGUGUCAUUUUGGGUCCAGUUAUCCGGCACCAAGGUCCCCACUCCUGGGAUAUAUUUCUAUUCCGACGCCCGUAUUUACCUGGAUUUUGUGGAGUACGAACAUAGUCCGUCUGGUUUGGCGUUCAGAGUGUGGAUGUUUAGCGGAGUAACGGCAGAAUUCUACUGGCGGUGGCCACAAGAAUUCAUGGCAAAUCCAAUCUGGCAUUUGCUCUCCACCACGUGGUCCGGUAUGAACCGCGUGUUACGUGUUUUCGUAGAUGGAGAGCGAGAAAGCACUUGGGAGUAUUCAGGAGUUCAAAGCUUCUCAGGAGGGGGAAGGUUUGGUCUAGAUGUCCCACAAGGAAAGGCGUUUCCAAUUCGUGUGACCUCAAUCAAUAUGUGGAAUCACGUGCUUAGUGACGAAGUAAUUACAGCACAUGUGAAAAGUUGUGAUGCAGCGAUCGGAAAUAUCAAGGAGUGGUACGAUGCUUGGCCGAUUUUGGAAGAGCAGAGCGCUCUCUACACAAAACCAGCAACAUGCUCCGCACCCAUUCCGAAUCCAAGUUAUUCAGAACGCGUGGCGAGUGAAGACGACUUACAUCUGUCCUCAGGAAAGGCACUCUUCACCAAAAACAAGAAAGAAAAGUCUUCAACCAAAGUUGGCAGAAAAACACAUAAUUAAUGAAACAUCGAUUUUGAUAAGCUGCCAUUAAGAGGCCUCCAAAGUUAAAUCGUACAAUGUAACUGUUAAUUAAAGAGUUCAAGAUAAAUAAUAAAAUACGAAGAGAGGCAAAAUU